AACAAAUUAUAAUUUAUAAAAUAAUUUAAUAUUUAAAAUUUAUAAAUAUAAACUUGUAUUUUAUUAUAUAGUAUUUGUUUACUACUUAUAUAAUACGUAUAGAAAUAUUAUAAUUAAAUUAUAAUAUAAAACAAUUAAACAAUUAGAAUAUAAAAUUUGAAUUUAAUUCAAAUAGAUAAUAUGCAGAGAUCUAUUAGAUUGAAACGUGAAUUUGAAAAACUUAAUCAAGAUCCUAUAGAAGGUAUUUCAUGUUAUCCAAAAUCUAACAAUUUUGAAAACUUUGCGGCAACAAUUCUUGGACCAAAUGAAAGUCCAUAUAGUGGAUAUAUUUUUCAAUUGUCAAUUGAUAUCUCUGAACAAUAUCCAUUUGAACCUCCAAGAAUUACUUUUCAGACACCUAUUUAUCAUCCAAAUAUUGAUAAUAAAGGCCGUAUUUGUAUGGAUCUUUUAAACAUGCCACCUAAAGGUAAUUGGAAACCAACUAUUGGAUUAAAAAAUCUUUUAGAUGCUAUACAAUGUUUGUUAAAAAAUCCAAAUCCUGAUGAUCCUUUAAUGGCAGAUAUUGCACAAGAAUAUAAAUUUAAUAGACAAGAAUUUGAAAGAAAGGCAAAACAAUUUAUGAAUAAAACAAAAAAUUAACUUUUAUUCAUUCGGUUACAUAAUAUAUAUUAUGUUUAUUUUU